UCUUGUAUUUGAUAAUACAAUAUGUCAUGCACUUUAUUACGUUUAGGUGCCUCCGAACUGGUGUGCAAACAAGGCUGAGUGCUGGUCUAUGAUGGUGGACAAGUGGAUCAGCGAGAAUUGGGCCCGCCAGCACGCCUUAUGCCGGGAGCGCCGCUUGAUGAUGCCGGGUCCGGCACAUCAUCAAGGGAGCCUUAGCCUCGGCGAGUACAAGAAUACUUGGUCGGAGUCUCAUCCAGGCCAGUCUUGCAACGACUUCACGGCGUACGCCAUGUCUCACAUGGGCAGGGCGAAGUCGGACGUGGCCUACAACCCGGCGGCUCCACCAGAGGCAUACACAAACCCAAGCAUCCACGCGCGCAUCAAUGCGUACACGGAGGUGGGAAGGGCGCUCCACGGGGAGACUUGGGAUCCGACCACCGCGCUCCACGGGGAGACUUGGGAUCCGACCACCGCGCAUCAAUGA